AUGACUCUGGAGGACCUCGUCGAAUCAAAGUGGCUAAAUAUUACCUCCGCUAACGAUCUCCUUGCCGCAACAAGUCGACGAGACAAGCGGGUCGUCGCCAUCAAAGACGCAUCUCUAGGUCUCAGCGUCCUCCCCAUCCCCGCAAUUGCGGAUUCGACUGCGAAUCGUUAUGUUGGUGUUCGCAUCAAUCUUUCAGCCGAGGACACGAUCUUCGUUCUUGCUCCCACAAACUACGAGAUCUACCGCAAAGGCGGAACUCGAGACAUCUUCAACGCAAUGUGGGCUGAAGUACAGUCUGGCUCGAUCCCGCUCACCCGCAAGCCCGCGAAGCAAGACAGAAAGAAGAAAAUAGGCCUGAAGACAGCGCAAUUCAACGCCACGUAUGGCGUCCCCUACAGCAUCGCUCGCGCCGCUUACGCGUCUGGAGAGGCAAUCGAACUCGAAACCGCGCCUCAGGUCCUCGAAGAUCUGAUUGCCAACUUCGUUCCCGUCGUAGAGGCCGCCACAGGCCAGAAGACGAGCUUCAACAGCAACCUGCUGCUCGGAUACUACCCCAAGAUGCACAUGGGCUAUCAUCAAGACAACGAGCCGCACAUCAAGGGCAAUAUCAUCGCCAGCGUGAGCUUGGGCGCGUCUGCGAUCAUGAGCUUCGCGGAGCCGAAGGAGCAUGCGAGCGAUAGGAGCUCGAAAGCGGCGUUUUCAUACCCGCUGGCUGGAACGGGAGGAGGUAUGAUCCAGAUGGGACCGGGAGUCAAUGUUGAUUGGUGGCAUAAGAGCGAGUGUGUCGGUCUGGCGAGGUUCGUGGACACACUGAGGGGAUUGGACGAGAGCAUGGUAGAGGGCGGCGGAGAGAGGGAGGAGGGAGCGACCGAAGAAGAGGCAAAGUCAGGCAACGAGGCAGAGUAG